GCCCGUGGAGAGUCGAGCCGCCCAAAUCGAAAUCUCUGCCCCCUCCUACCUCCGCCACCGAAUCUCACGCGAAAAACUUGUCACCGCGAUGGCGGCGGCCGGCGGCGUCUCCUCCGACGAUGUUCCGAUCCUCCAGGCGGAGAACCUCACGAGCAACGUCAAGUCCAUCUACUACAGUCGAACAUUCCUGUCGAUCAUUGGUGGGGUUGUUGCUGGAAUAUGGGGAUUCACAGGCCUGAUGGGAUUUGUUUUCUACUUUCUGAUAAUGAUGGUUGCAUCUAUUGGGCUUUUAGCUAAGUCAAAGUUUUCAGUCCAGACAUACUUCGAUAGUUGGAACAGGAUUUUAAUUGAAGGAGUUUUUGGCAGCCUUAUGUCCUUCGUGCUGUUUUGGUCAUUUGCUUAUGACAUUGUUCACAUCUUCUGAUGGACAUAGAAAGAGCUGCUCUCGAAAGAUUGAAAGCAGACGUGGGAUUUCUCCUGAUAUCGCACAUGCCAUGAGCUCAUUAUGUACUCAAUUUUUGUAUUGGUAAUUGAUAUGAUCUUGAGUGGGACCUGUACAUCAGCUUUGUCGGUGUAGAGCUGUACUUUAGCAAACCACAGAACUGAUCUAGCAAUUAUUUUCUUGGAUGAUUUGUAGCAAUUGUCAUUUGUCAUUUCCAGAUGGUACUGAAACUGAUGUGGAUAUAAACCUUGUUCGAUGGGCAAUCAAAUUUUCAUCGUUAUGGCAUUA